UGGAUUCCUGCCAUUACAAUUCUCCGACUUUGGAAGAAUGCCACUACUUUUCACGUUAUUUGAAACUUGCCAUUAAAAUUUUGCAAACCUCACAGAACUGCCCUGAUCUACGCUUGCUACGUCUCUGGGCCCACUGUCAGGGCGCGUUUUUGCGUAUGCGGACCGUAUUGCCCCUCCUCUUCUUCUUUAAACCGUCCGGUCGGCUCGAGCCGACCCCACUCGCCUCGUCUCGCCUCCUCCUCCCCAGACUCGUCUUCUCCCGUUCCCCAUCCCCGAGCAAACCACCGAAACCCUAACCCUAGAGAUUGACGGCGGCGGCGUGAUUCGCGGCGGCGAUUGAAGGUUUCCUCGACAAGGACUGGCAGCAACUGAGAGGAACCCUAACCUCGCAUCAAUCGGCGGGGAUGGAGGCACCCUGAUGGUGGGAAGCGCCGGCUUGGCGCCGCCAUGCGCCUCCACUGGUGCUGCGGCGAUGGGGGACAGCGGUAGCAGGUACCCAAUCUGCAUUCUUCUAUAGUCUAGUUGGCGAUUUAGGCGUCUGAUUUGCUUUGUGCACGUUGUGUUGAUUUGGGGAUGAAUUUGACUUUACUUCUGCCUAGGGAUGGGAUGUUUGCGGUAGAGGUAAAAGUCGAAGGGUUCAUGCUUAAAGACGCUAGUGGUAGAAAAUCAUACACAAAAGGGCGAGUUUUCAAGUGGGAUGUUGAGUAUGGGUCACUGACGUUAGACUUGCUGUUGAAACAUCUGGCAACCGAGUUGAAUCUAUGCACUGACCAGUUACCCACUGUUUGGUUUUAUGACAAAAGAUUGAAUGAGGACACCAGACUAGCUGAUGAGAUACAAAUGAUUGAUUUGUUUGAAAUGUAUAAGGAAGAGAUGACAUGCCAGGUUGUAAUAGGUGUAUUUGAUAGAUCUACUUGUCAGGAUCAUGAGUUUGAUGAACUGGAGCCUCUGUGUGUGAUUCCUCCUGCUGAUGCACCUGCUGAUGCACCUGAUGAUGCACCUGUUGAUGCAGCUGAUGAUGCACCUGAUGAUGCAGCAGUUUUAGGCACUCAUGGCAAUCGUAAAGCACCCACUAGAUGUCCCACUCAGCCUAUAGUCAGGCCAGCUGCUGCUCAUGAAAAUUCAGAGGCAGCGGAUGAGGUAGAGUGUGAUAGAGAACCAGAUAUUUUUGACAACGAAGAAGAAUAUGUGGGACUUGAUGAUGAGGCCACAUAUGCUGAAAAUCCACAGCCACCAGAGUUUGCACAUCCACAGCCAUCUGACAAUGCUAACUCUAAUGCCACCGAUGAUCCUGAUGUUGAUUUUGUCCAUGUCGAGGCAGAGGUGGAUGAUGCUGAUCCUGACGAGGUCACUGUAUUGCAUGAUCCUGAGAAUCCCAAAAUUGUGAAAGGGGAGCUGUUUCCUGAUAUCAUUGCAUUUAGGAAAGCCAUAAGACAUUAUGCUGUGAAGACUGGAUUUGAGUUUGCUACUGCUGGUUACAAAAGUGACAAGUCAAGGUUCAUAGCAAAGUGUGCAGCAGAGGGAUGCCCUUGGCGCAUACAUGCUUCCACCAUUUUUGAUAAGAAAACUGUACAGAUCAAAGUGCUGCCUGCUCCCCACAAUUGUCCUACCACCAAGCUAAGAGAAGGGAAAAUGGCCAGUCAAGGCUGGUGUGCAGACAGGCUUGGAGAGUGGGUUAAGAACAACCCAAUAAAGGGAGCAAAGGAUGCAAAGGACAAGUUGGAGGGUGACUUUGGAAUUAAGCUGAAGUACUCUAAAGCUUGGUCUGGUUUGAAGGUAGCCUUGGAGCAAAUUCAUGGUAAGUACGAAGAAAGCUUUCAACUUCUGUACAAUUGGGCAGCACAACUGGAAAUAAGUUCACCUGGAAGUAGAGUACAGAUAGAGGUACAGAAGGUUGGUAAGAGAAAUAGGUUCAAGAGGAUAUUUGUUGCUUUGAAGCCAUGCAUUGAUGGAUUCUUAACUGGUUGUAGACCUUUUGUAGGAGUAGAUGCAUCUUUUCUUAAUGGAAAGUAUACUGGGCAAUUGGCUUCAGCAACAGGUGUUGAUGGGCACAACUGGUUGUAUCAUAUUGCUUUUGGGGUGUUUGACGUGGAGAAUGAGGACAAUUGGACGUGGUUCCUAGACAAUUUGCACAGUGUCAUAGGAGACCCUCCAGGUCUAGUGAUAUGUUCUGAUGCUUGUAAAGGGUUAGAGAAUGCUGUUGGGGCUGUUUUCCCCAAUGCUGAAAACAGGGAGUGUGCAAGGCACAUGUACAAAAACUUCAUGAAGUACUACACGGGAGACGUUUUCACUGAUCACUUGUAUCCUGCUGCAAGGAACUACACAGAGGGCAUGUUCAAGUGGCAUAUGAAGAAAAUCUAUGAGUUUGCUCCUGAUGCAAUAGACUACCUGCAGCAAAAUCAUCCUAGGAUAUGGUACAGAUGUGGCUUCUAUGAGCAUAGCAAAUGUGAUUACUUAACUAAUAAUGUAUCUGAGAGCUUUAAUGCUCAGAUCAAGGAAUUCAAAGGACUUCAUCUCCAUGAGCUAGUUGACAGGAUUAGAGAGCUCAUAAUGGAGAAAAGGUACCUAAGAAAGAAGCUGGCACAGAAUUGGGGAGAUGGAAUCCUACCUGGUGUAAUGAAGGACUUGAACCUCAAAAGCAAUAACCUCAAAGUUGUUAAGGUUAAAGUCAGUGAUGAUGACUUCGCAGAGGUGACACUGCUGGAUGAUUGGAAUAACCAGAAAAGACACAUAGUUGAUCUGAAAAACAAGAAUUGUGGAUGCAGGGAAUGGCAGGUAACUGGCAAGCCAUGCAAGCAUGCCUUGGCGUGGAUACUGUCCAACAGAGGUCUGCAAAUUGCUGAUUUUGUGCAUGAAUAUUACUCAGUUGCAAAGUUCAGAGCAGCUUAUGAAGGUAGAGUUGAGGCAAUGCCAGACAGAUCACAAUGGCCAGAAGUUGAUCUUGGAUUUAAGGUUUACCCACCUUUGCUUGGAAGAGCACCAGGAAGGCCGAAGGUUCAAAGGCAAAGGGGAUGCCUAGAGAAAAGGGCCGCCAAAAAGAGAGUCAAAUGUUCAAGGUGUCGAGGUUUUGGUCACUUUGCCAAGACAUGCAAACUUGAGAUGGUUGGAGAGGAUGGAGAAACAGCACCAACAAAAAAUAAAAGGAAGAGGACUGAAGACACAGCUGGACCAUCAUUUGUCAAAAAGAAGAAGCCAUCAAAGAGGAAGAAGACCCCUAAGAAGAAGAAAACACCUGCCAAGAAGAGACAGCAAAGGGAUGCUGCUGCUCCUCCAGCCAAGGUAGUCAGAAGCUUGAUGGACCUAAUUUCUGGUGAUGGACACUGAAGUUCAUGCUGAUGGACCUAUUUGAUUUUGGAACUGUGAAUUGGAGCUUUGUGUGCCUAUCAUGGCCUGUAAUGCUUGAAACCUAGAACAAGCUUGUAAAGCUCCUAAUGCUUUUGUGUGUGCCUGUCAUGGCAUGUGUUGCUUGUGAACUUGAACAAGCUAUUUCCCUGAAUUUCUAUAUGCUAUUUCGCUGUCAGUUUCAAUUCGCGGUCAGGUUGAACUUGAAAUUCUGUGUUGCUUGUUAACUUGAAAUUGUCAUACCCAUGCAUACAAUAGCAUUCAUUCAAGGGUUACCCUUCAUUCAAUAUCUCUGUUCAAAUUUUCAUACAACUGCAAAGAUAGAGGGCUACCUAAUUGACUAGUUCCAGACUACCACAGUUUGCUAACAAUACAACCCAAAGCUACACCUAGACAAACUGCUGCUAUCACAACAGAUUCCGAUUUCAACCUCUGCAUUUGCACCUUCAGAUCCCACAACCCGUCCACGGCACUGUCAACUUUCAGCUUCAGUGCAUCUAGCUCUUGCUUCAUCUCCAAAAUGCGGUCAUCACAACAACCACCAAGGUCUCCGAAGCUGGGAGGGAUCGACUUCUUCCAAUGAGGUGGAAGUUCCCCUGGGUUGCGCAAGUAAGCAGCAUAUUGUGCCUCGGACAUGAUGACGCCACAGGUUGUUGGGUCAUCCUGCAUCACAUUCAACCCUAGCGGCAUGAACACCAAACAAGAGACCCGAAAUUGCACACAAAUUUAACACAAAACGACUUACUUUGAUGUUGUUAGGGCACUUCACGAAGCUUUGCCCAUAAGUUUUCGGCUGCUUGCUGACGAUCCGAACCAGCUCGAUGCGGCAACCAGGGCAAUCCACAAGUGCGGGCAGCGGCGGGCUUUGACCCGGCCUCUGCGUCGAGCUGGAGCCGGUGGAUGGCGGCCGCCAAAUCUGCUUCAAACUCAUCCUCGACUAAGCAGCCGCCAAAUCUUGGAGGCCGUCGGCGGCGAACCCGGCGAGGGGAAGCAGGCCUCGACGGCAAUGGCGUGCGGGAGAAGAAGGGAGAACGGGAGAAGACGAGUCUGGGGAGGAGGAGGCGAGACGAGGCGAGUGGGGUCGGCUCGAGCCGACCGGACGGUUUAAAGAAGAAGAGGAGGGGCAAUACGGUCCGCAUACGCAAAAACGCGCCCUGACAGUGGGCCCAGAGACGUAGCAAGCGUAGAUCAGGGCAGUUCUGUGAGGUUUGCAAAAUUUUAAUGGCAAGUUUCAAAUAACAUGAAAAGUAGUGGCAUUCUUCCAAAGUCGGAGAAUUGUAAUGGCAGGAAUCCAAAAAACCCAAA